UUGAUUAUUAAACAGAGUUUACGUCAUUUCCGCUAUGAGGAAUAGCGUUACAACCCGGAAGUGACAGUUUAUUAGCUGCUCUAUGUUAAAAAAAAAAAAUACAUAGAGACGUGGCUCUGUACAUAGUUUUUAUGUAGUUUCAGUGCAGAUAUGCCGCGGUACUGUGCUGUGAAAGUUUGCAGAAACCGCGGGGGAACUGCAUCUACACAAGACAACAAGAGAAUUAGCUUCUACCCUUUCCCCUUACAAGACAAGCCCAGGCUUCAGAAAUGGGUGGACAACAUGAAGCGAGAGGAGUGGAUCCCGAGUCGACAUCAGUACCUGUGCAGCGAGCAUUUUACAGAGGACUGCUUCGAUAUUCGAUGGGGCAUCCGCUACCUGAAGAACACGGCCAUCCCCACCGUAUUCCCUUCCGCUGAGGAUGAUGGUGAGAAAAAAGUUACUACCAUUAAAAGAAGCCCCAAGGCCAAGCCCAGGACUUUAGACGCUGACAUUGAGCCCACAGGAUUUGACUGUCCUCUCAGUAAAAAGCCUCUUAUUUUGAGCAGAACGUGCAAAAAGGUCCAGUCAAGUACAACAAACAACAUUGUUGCAGAACACACAGAGAUUAUAUUUGAACCACCUCUGGUGUCGGACACUGGCGUCUCCUGUCACUCAAAUCUCUCAGAGACACAGACUGCUGCUUGUGACAUCCAAGGUGACAGUGUAAUGCCUACAGCAUCCUGCCUCACGCUACCCCCAUGCAGUAAGCCCCCUUCUGAGGAGCAGGCGGACACGACCGUGACCGUGUUGUACUGUGAGUCACUAGGCCCUUUCUCCAAAGGAGAGGAACAUGUGGAUGCAGCUGCCCUGCAAGCAGCACUGGGCCGGGCCUUUACCUUUGUCCCUGUGGAAAUGGUGAACGAACCAACAGGCUUCUUUUUGGAGGAGAGGGGACCUGACGAGGAAGAGCACAUCACUGUUUACGAGCACUCGUACUGCCGACCGGACACGGACAGAGAUCAGCUUUGGAGUAAGAUCUUGACUUUGCAUGCAAAGAUCUUGGAACUGGAUCGCAGGGAGGAGAGCACUGUGGCCAAAAUCCGAGCUCUCGAGACUGAGAUCGCCCUCCUGAAGAGAGAUGGUGCUGUUUUUAAAGAGAAGCAGAAAGUUUUAGAAGAUUAUAUAUCAUCUGUAUUGCUCUGAUUCUGCAAGUGAUUACAAGCCAUGAACUUAAAAUUAAAUUGUGGAUAACAUUUAUUUUAAUUGUUACCACAGAGUUACUUUUGCUGAUAUAUUGCACACAUGCUCCUAUACGUAAAGCACAGCAGCACUAAGUCUGUCUUAUAAAACAUUGCUCUCAUAUUUCCAUAAUGCACUUGGAUAUCUUAUUAUUUGUUUUUGUCCACAUGGUGGCACUGUAUGACUGUGUUUCAAAGCUAAACUGAGGCAUUGCUUUUCAGCUUUGCUGUGCUAUGCUUCUGAUACAUAUCCAAGAUUUGUUUGUUAGAUGUCUAAAGUUUUGACAUGAUUCAUGAGCUUAGAUGGGCUUAGUACUGUCUGCUGUGUGUCUCACAAUUGCCUUUGUUACAGUUUCUUGUUCCAUCACACCAUACCAUAAUUUCAUGGUGUGAUUUUUUUUUCAUUGGUGUCUCCAUUUGUGAUUGAAUUCAUUUGGUUUUCAUGUUUUUAGCCUUUAUUUACAUUUGAAUAGCAUUUGAGUUACUGUUUUAUUAUCCUUGGUGACUAAGAAGGGCUCAGAGUGGACACAUGCUGCCUGGCCUUCAAAAUGCACUUUUACUUUUCAGGCCCUUUUAACACCAGACAAAUCCUGCUGUAAAGGUGUUGUACUUGCUUUUACUAUACUAUGCUCAUUUUCUUUCUGUGCUCUGCAUGCUUUCUGGUAUCAUCCUGUGUCAUUCUGUGCAAUCCCCUGCAAGUCCCAAACAUUCUGCGUUACUGGAAAAAAAAAAAAAACAGCAAUGGAUUCACUUUAAUGGAGAAUAAAGUGUACUGUAAAUGUG